UUUUCUUUUCGCAAGCCAACAACAAAGGGAAAUUUUAAUUAUUUUUGGUGGAAUGGUUUAUACGCUACCUGGGGUGCGAUUGCCCACCGUACCAUCGGCGGCGUACAAGGUGGGAAGCUGCGGUUUGGGCCAUGUCGAUCGGAGGAGUGCCGCCCAUCUCCGUUUUUUACUCAAAAACAAAUCCCAAUCGCGGAUGAUAUUUUCAGGUGGAAAGGCUUACGAGUCGGGCUUUCAACCUAGUAUGGCAACUGCACCAGAGAAGGUGCUUGUUCCAGGCACUGAGAGUGACGGCUCUUCUUCCCCGAGAGAGAAUUUAGAGAUAGUUUCAGGCACUUCACAGAUAUCAGGUAAUCUAGAAAGUGUAGAUGGACCGAUCGUUAAAGAACAAGAACAGUUGAUUGAGCAACAAAUUUCUGGUGAAGCAAUUAAAGGGAAAGAUUCCGCCUCUGUACAACUACUAGAUGAAGAUGCUGGAUUAAAUACUGAAGGAAAAUCAUACUCGAUAUCUAAAACAAUAGCUGACGAAUCUUCAAUGGUCAAAGAAAGGGUCAUCCCUCCACCUGGAGCCGGUCAGAAAAUAUACGAAAUAGAUACACUUUUGACCAAUUACCGCGAACAUCUCGAUUAUCGGUACGGCCAGUAUAAAAAAUUACGUGACGCAAUUGACAAGUAUGAAGGUGGAUUGGAAGUGUUUUCUCGUGGUUACGAGAAACUUGGUUUUAAUCGCAGUGAAACGGGUAUUACUUACAGGGAAUGGGCACCUGGAGCCAAGUCGGCGUCACUUAUUGGAGAUUUCAACAAUUGGAAUGCUAAUGCUGACGUCAUGACUCGCAAUGAAUUUGGUGUUUGGGAGAUCUUUCUACCGAACAAUGCAGACGGAUCUCCAGCUAUUCCCCAUGGUUCCCGUGUAAAGAUUCGUAUGGAUACUCCAUCUGGUAUCAAAGACUCUAUUCCAGCUUGGAUCAAGUUUUCUGUGCAGGCUCCCGGUGAAAUUCCGUAUAAUGGAAUAUAUUACGAUCCUCCAGUAGAGGAAAGAUAUGUUUUUAAACAUCCUCGUCCGAGCAAACCGAAAUCUCUCCGGAUAUAUGAGUGCCACGUUGGAAUGAGUAGCACGGAGCCUGUUAUAAAUACAUAUGCCAACUUCAGAGAUGAAGUGCUCCCUCGAAUCAAGAAACUUGGAUAUAAUGCUGUUCAAAUAAUGGCAAUUCAGGAACAUUCAUACUAUGCCAGUUUCGGUUACCACGUGACAAAUUUCUUUGCGCCAAGCAGUCGUUUUGGCACUCCAGAUGAUCUCAAGUCCUUAAUAGAUAAAGCUCACGAGUUGGGAUUGGUUGUUCUCAUGGAUAUCGUGCACAGCCAUUCAUCGAACAAUACGUUGGAUGGACUGAACAUGUUUGAUGGCACUGAUAGCUGUUACUUCCACUCCGGCACACGGGGCUAUCACUGGAUGUGGGAUUCUCGUCUUUUCAACUACGGACAGUGGGAAGUUUUAAGGUUUCUUCUCUCUAAUGCGAGAUGGUGGUUGGAUGAGUACAAGUUCGACGGUUUCAGAUUUGAUGGUGUGACGUCAAUGAUGUAUACUCACCACGGUUUACAGAUGGCAUUUACAGGGAACUACAGCGAGUACUUUGGAUUUGCGACAGAUGUCGAUGCUGUAGCGUAUUUGAUGCUGGUUAAUGAUCUCAUCCACGGGCUCUUUCCCGAAGCCAUAACCAUCGGGGAAGAUGUCAGUGGUAUGCCUGCUUUCUGUAUUCCUCUUCAAGAUGGAGGUAUGGGAUUCGACUACCGUCUACACAUGGCAAUCGCUGAUAAGUGGAUCGAAACUCUCAAGAAAAGGGACGAAGAGUGGAGCAUGGGAGAUAUUAUACACACACUUACAAAUAGAAGGUGGCGGGAAAAAUGUGUUUGCUAUGCAGAAAGUCAUGACCAAGCCCUCGUUGGAGAUAAAACUAUUGCAUUCUGGUUGAUGGAUAAGGAUAUGUACGACUUCAUGGCUGUGGAUAGACCAUCGACUCCUUUGAUAGACCGUGGAAUAGCGUUACACAAGAUGAUUAGGCUUAUUACAAUGGGAUUAGGUGGCGAAGGGUACCUGAAUUUCAUGGGAAAUGAAUUUGGACAUCCUGAGUGGAUAGAUUUUCCGAGAGGCGACCAACAUCUUCCCGAUGGCAGAGUCAUUCCAGGAAAUGGCAACAGUUACGACAAGUGCAGGCGUAGGUUUGAUUUGGGUGAUGCAGAGUAUUUAAGAUAUCACGGGCUGCAAGAAUUUGACCAAGCAAUGCAACAUCUCGAAGAAAACUACGGCUUCAUGACAUCAGAGCAUCAGUAUAUAUCGAGGAAGGAUGAAGCAGAUAGGGUGAUCGUAUUUGAAAGGGGGAACUUACUCUUCGUCUUCAAUUUCCAUUGGAGUAAAAGUUAUUCAGAUUAUCGAGUAGGCUGCUUAAAGCCCGGAAAAUACAAGGUUGCUUUGGACUCGGACGAUAAAUUAUUCGGAGGUUUCGGUAGAAUCAGUCACGAGGCCGAGUAUUUCACCUCUGAAGGGUGGCAGGACGACAGGCCUCGUUCGUUUUACAUAUACGCACCUUCUAGAACAGCAGUCGUCUAUGCCUUGGCAGAAGUUGAAGCAGAACCAAUCGAUGUCCAAGUUAGCCCUAACGUUUGACAAGUUUAAUGUUAGGUGACACAAUUCAAGUUAUCGCCGCCCUAUGUGGGCCCCACCAAAAAAGCCUUCUAGAAGCAAGCAACUGAGACGAAAAAAGAUGCAAAGGCAGGGAGGCAACCACCAGUUAAGUAGUUAUAUGAAUCGCUAAUGGCAUCAGCAUAAAUUCCGUACAUGUUUAUAAUAUAUCCGCAAGCUUCAAUACUUGUGUGUACGGAAGUCGAACGACCCUUUUUUUUUUUUUUUUUUUCUUUCUCCCUAGUGUACAUUCUCUUAAUCCUGGUUGGUGACGGAUUUUUUUUUUCUUUCUGAAAUAAGAUAACUAAUCCAGGAGAUAUACUGCUUCGUUACGUACGAUGUUAAAUCCGACCGGAUUGUUUUUGCACUGACGUUUUUAUUAUGGAUUUUGCUUAUUUGGCCUUAA